AUGUCAACCGGCCGCGACCUCUUUGGGCGACCGUACCCGUCCAGGUCUUCCCCAUCGUCUACCCCAUCCUCACCUCCGUCCUUCCCGUCCCCUUCCUCGCUUCAGUCCCGACCGAUACCUUCUCGGUCAUCACCAGAGGAAGAGUUAAGGCGAGAUGCAUUUCGCAAGCUCAAACCCACCUGUGUCGCGUUGAUGGGUCUCGCGGGACAACAGCCUACGAAUUCGUCCCAGCACGCCGCUCUCAUCGACACUUUGCGGAGUGUCGUCGAGACCCUUCCUGAUGAAGCAUUCACCUCGGCGUUGAUCAACUACCUGCUCUUCCCGGUCACGACAGUGUUGCGGACGACUAUACCGACGGCGCUGCCCGACGGGUUCCUCGAGUCGGCGUUCCGCCUGCUCGCCCUCGUGGUGCGGCACUGGCGUACCGCACCGGGAGGGAUAGAGGUAGCUGCCUGGGAACAACUGUGGCGGUUCGCUGUGGCUGCCGUGAGCUCUGAGAAGGGUAAAGGCCGUGAGGUCGGCCAGGAGGUCAACCUCCAGGCCAUUUCGCUGCUGUCCGCGUUGCUGGAACCACACAGCGCUCACGGGAUCGUACACCCUACACCUGCGAUGCGCAAGGCCGUGACGGGACCCAAAGCGCCUCUCACGCCUACCCUCUUCCAAACGGUUACGCUCGCGCUCGACUGUGCAACCCCUCUCCUCCCCCACCCUACGCUGCAACGCGCAGCGGUCCGCCUCCUCGGCACCCUCAUCACGUACCUUGCCGGCCAGUCCGAGCUCCUUGCCUCCGUCCUCCCCGGUAUCGUGAGCGCGUUGACCAAGGCGGUCACGGGGCAGGGCAAGAACCUCCGAGGAGACAUUGCAGCUGAUAUGGCGGGGUCUGUCAAGGACGUCAUUGUCGAGACGCUCGACGACGACGAGCUGAGGCGGCUCAAGGUCCUGCGACCUGCAUUCAACGACCUGUCCGACCUUGCAGAUGUAUGGGAACCGCCGCUUGAUGCUGAUUCACCACCGCCACCGAGCCCUACAGCAUCACAAGUGUCGACAGCUACCUCUCCCAGUCCCUUUCCCCCGCUGUCGGCGUCGUACCUGGCGUACACCGCGGCUCAGCUGCAGACCGCGAUCCCACCAAUGCUCUCGACACUCACAGCACACACGUCCCACCUUGCUCGCAUCGCUGCAGCAGACCUGUCACAGACCUUGAUCAAGCACUGCCACGAGGCCCUCCCCCGUCUUUCUCCGCCAGCACUGUCGACUCUGCUCCUCCUCUCCAACGACGAGUUUGAUCCGGUUCGCAUCGACGCCAUGGGGCGGUUGAAGAACCUCAUGGACGACGGCUCUCUGCAGGGCCUCGACACUGCUCUAGUGGACCUGCUCAGCGGUGCUGUCAAUUCGCUUCCGCGGUUGAUUCGCUCGCAACAGGACAUCCGCGUCGACGAGGUGGCACGGCUGGUCACGGCCAUUGCCAAGGCCACAAAAGCCACAGGCGACGCACGGCCCAAUGCCAUUGCCGCCUUCCUCGGACCUGCAGGUAUGGUGGAGCGAUGGGGAUGGUCCCUGCUCGACUGCCUCGAGUUUGGCCGGCCGCGUGGAUGGAGUUCGACUGCCAACACGGCCCAGCGCACUGCCGAGCUUGGCUGGGGCCGGGGUCUGGUCACCUCGAGCCUGCCGCUGCUCAUCGAGUCGUCAUCGGGGGACGCAAGCGAGCCGCUGCCGCCUGACGCCAAGUUUCCCCACCUCUCCCUCCGGCAUGUCGAGACGGAACGCACUGUGCGGGACCUGGCAGCCAUGCUCGAGUCCCUCGGCGCAGCCGGCGGCGAAGCGGCUGUCCACUCUGUCGACUACUUUAUCCGUUUUGCCAAGACGCACCGCACGCGCGACCCAGCCAAGGCAACCUCGGCAGUGUGGGUCUCAGAGCUGCUCCUCAAGGGUGUCGCUGCCGCACACGAGGGCGGGCAUGCACCAAAGGCUGUGCGCAAGAUGGCCCGAGAAGUCGCUCGCGUCCUUGUGUCGAUGGACGACGAAGAUGACGAAGACGACGAGUGGGAGGGCGAGCCCGAGCCCACCGAGUCGGAUACGCUCAUGCCUGUGGAGCGAACAAAGGGUCUGGACCAGCUCACGACCCUCCUCGAUCGCAACCCGUUGCCAAACUCGUCUGCCAAGGCUGAGACCCGGCGCCUGCAUGCGCGGGCUCAGCGUGUCAUGCUCAGCGCAGUGUCGCUUACCGCGCUCUCGUCGUGUGCCCAUAUUCUCGGCACGGGGUUCCGCCCGCUCCUCCUUCACGCACUCUACGUCGUCCUCGCCCACCUCUCGUCUCCGCACGACCUCGUGAGGCAGUUUGCAGAGGUUGCGCUGGUCCGCAUCGCCUACGACACGGGAUACGCCUCGGCCCAAAACCUCGUUCUCGACAACGUCGACUAUGUUGUCAACGUCGUCUCCCAGCGGCUCACGUAUCACCGGCUCAGCGCGCAUGCGCCGCUCGUUCUGAUCGCCAUGAUCCGGCUUGUCGGCGCACCCAUUGUGCCGCUCGUCCACGACGUGGUGGAUGAGAUCUUUGACGCCCUCGACGACUUUCACGGAUACGCCGCGCUCGCAUCUGCCCUCUUGGCAGUUUUGACAACGCUCAUCGACGCCAUGGCUACCGAUGUCGCUGCCACGGGCCCCACACCGGAACGCGAGGCGGAGCGUAACCAGGCGCGCCGCUUCCUCAACCCGCCCGACCCCACGGCAGACUUUGCCCGCUUCCAGUCGUGGUAUGCUGAGCGCUCGACACGGGCGCAGGGCGAGAUGAACACACUUCUCGAGCAGGCCCCCAGACGAGCUUGGGGUAAGCAGAAGACGGAUGGCGAGGGGGAUACUGAGAUGGAGGAGGGAGAAGGGGAUGAGCACCCACCGCGCCCGGCCAACGCGGACCCCGACGAGCCGCCACCCCCGACACGUACGCAGGAGGUCGCCACGCAGAUUCUCGAAAAGGCGACAUACUACCUCUCGCACGCCUCGCCGUUCCUCCGUGCGCGGGUUCUGUCGCUGAUCGCACAUGCCAUCCCCGUCCUCGCCCAGGGUGGGAGGGAAGGCGACCUCCUCCCACUCAUCAACAAGGCGUGGCCCUCGAUCCUCGACCGCCUCGACGACCCACUCCCCUACGUUGCCGUCGAGGCUGCCGAGGUCGUCGCGUCCUUGUCCGAGUAUGUGGGCGACUACGUCUCGAAGCGUAUCACCGACGACGCGUGGCCCCGGCUGCGCAGGCUCCUCCGUGCCCAGUCCGAAGUGGACAAGCGGUCCGCCCUCGCGCGUCGUGGUGCGGUGGGCACGACUUCCGAACACACCGUCUCGCAUCGUCUGUAUGUCGCGCUCUUGCGCACUGCAACAUUCAUCGCCAGCGACGUGCCGGUCAAGGACUCUGUGCUGUGGGACAUGAUGCUCGCGUUCCGGCCGCUGCUGGACCGCCGCGCCCACGGCGACUUGCAAAAGCACGCCAGGGUGCUGUAUACCGCGCUCGCAACGCGCGACGGGGACGCGCUCUGGGUCGCGCUUCACGCCACCAUGGGGACGCUCGAAGGCGACCAUGGCGUGUGGGACUAUCUCCACGACACCGCGCUGGACAUCACUGCCAACGCCACUGCCGUGCUCGCGGACGCCUAG